UUCGAUCCGGGUUGAGUAAUAAAUUCCCGAGGCACCGACGGCGCGGUCUUUCUGCAGACGCGCUUGGCCAGGAUAGUGUCAGUCGCACCGCUUCCCCGUCGCGGUCCUGCGAUCGGCGGUCUCCGCGUGGUGCGGAGUAAGGCCAGGCGGCUCCUGCUCGAGUCCGCGUCGUCAUGGCCGCGGUUCCCGAGUUGCUGCAGCAGCAGGAGGAAGAUCGCAACAAGCUGAGAUCUGUAUCUGUGGACCUGAAUGUUGAUCCCUCGCUUCAGAUUGACAUACCUGAUGCACUCAGCGAGAGAGAUAAGGUUAAGUUUACAGUGCACACCAAGACCACACUACCCACAUUUCAGAGGCCAGAGUUUUCUGUUACAAGGCAACAUGAAGACUUUGUGUGGCUACAUGACACUCUCAUCGAAACAACAGACUAUGCUGGACUUAUUAUUCCACCUGCUCCUACAAAGCCUGACUUUGAUGGUCCUCGAGAGAAGAUGCAGAAACUAGGAGAGGGUGAAGGGUCUAUGACCAAAGAAGAAUUUGCCAAGAUGAAACAAGAACUGGAAGCCGAGUAUCUUGCUGUCUUUAAGAAGACUGUGUCUUCCCAUGAAGUCUUUCUUCAGCGGCUUUCUUCUCACCCUGUUCUCAGUAAAGACCGAAACUUUCACGUUUUCCUAGAAUAUGAUCAGGAUCUAAGUGUUAGACGAAAAAAUACCAAAGAGAUGUUUGGUGGCUUUUUCAAAAGUGUUGUGAAGAGUGCUGAUGAAGUCCUUUUUUCUGGAGUUAAGGAGGUAGAUGACUUCUUUGAACAAGAGAAGAACUUUCUUAUUAAUUAUUACAAUAGGAUUAAGGAUUCCUGUGUGAAAGCUGACAAAAUGACCAGAUCACAUAAGAAUGUUGCUGAUGACUACAUCCACACUGCAGCCUGCUUGCAUAGCCUGGCUUUAGAGGAGCCCAUGGUCAUCAAAAAGUACCUAUUGAAGGUUGCUGAGCUAUUUGAAAAACUUAGGAAAGUAGAGGGUCGAGUCUCAUCAGAUGAAGAUUUAAAGCUGACAGAGCUUCUCCGAUACUACAUGCUCAACAUAGAGGCUGCUAAGGAUCUCUUGUAUAGACGCACCAAAGCCCUCAUUGACUAUGAGAACUCAAACAAAGCUCUGGAUAAGGCACGGUUAAAAAGCAGAGACGUCAAGGUGGCUGAGGCACACCAGCAAGAGUGCUGCCAGAAAUUUGAACAACUUUCCGAAUCUGCAAAAGAAGAACUGAUGAAUUUCAAACGGAAGAGAGUGGCAGCAUUUAGAAAGAAUCUAAUCGAAAUGUCUGAACUGGAAAUAAAGCAUGCCAGGAACAAUGUCUCCCUCUUGCAAAGCUGCAUUGACUUGUUCAAGAACAACUGAUCUGCCUUUCCUCUGAAGGAAGGAAAUGAAUGUGAAAGAAAGCCACGCAUCACUUGCACUUAAAUCAUUACCACAGAAGACUUAACUAGUUCUGACUUUAGUUUAAAAUUAUGUGAAUAAAUAUUUUGAUUUCUAAAAAUCUUAACACUUAA